AUGUCUGAGGAUGUAACCCAGCAAUUGUGGAAGGACAUCGGAGAUUGUGAGUAUUUCUCACUGCAGUUGGACGAAUCUACAGACGUGAGUGACACAGCCCAGAUGUGCAUUUUUAUUCGUAUGGUGUUCAAUGAUAUGACUGCAAAAGAGGAGCUAUUAACAGUACUUCCCAUGAAAAAACAUACGCGAGGAGAGGACAUAUUUCAGUCGUUCAAAAACUUUACAGAGAAAACUAAUUUCCCAUUGUACAAACUGGUGUCUAUCACCAUGGAUGGAGCACCCGCAAUGGUUGGCCGUGUGAAUGGAUUUAUUGCUAAGUGCAGGCAGAACGAUGCUUUUCCUGACUUCUUGAAUUACCAUUGCAUAAUCCACCAACAAGCGUUAUGCACUAAAAUGCUCAACAUGAAAGAGAUCAUGGAUGUGGCAACAAAGAUCGCCUGUUCUAUUCGAGCCAGAUCUCUUCAAAGACAAUUAUUCCGUGCACAUCCACCGACUGCGAACACUCUGAGUUGUUGCUACACACUGACGUGAGAUGGCUUAGUCGAGGGAAAUUCCUGCAAAGAUUUCGAGAGCUCUGUCCGCAGAUUAAGGAGUUUUUCUGUGUAGCUGGACAUGCAGAAUACAAGCAACUAAAUGACGGCCAGUGGCUGUUGGAUUUGGCAUUUUUAACCGAUCUGACAAACAUGCUGAAUGAUCUUAAUCUAGAGCUGCAAGGAAAGGACAAAACGGUGAUCAAUAUGAUCAGCUCGGUUAAUGCUUUCAAACGAAAGCUGCAACUUCUCUCCUCAAAGCUGAAGCGCCAUGAUUUGGCAAAUUUCCAGAACCUGGCGUCAGAGCUGGAGACGCAAGGGAGGGCCUGUAUGCAACUUGACAUUGCACGCUACACAGAGCUGAUUGACAAUUGUCUGUCAGAGUUUGACGAACGCUUUCAAGGCUUUUCUUUGCUGGAGCCAGUCGCUACAUUCAUGUGCUAUCCUUUUCGGGAAGAUGCUGAGAUUGAGUCACUGGCAUCAAAAAUUGCAACAAUGUUUCACCUGAACUCUUCUGGAGUGGAAGAUGAGAUCUUGACUCUUAAAGCCGACAUUGAACUGAAGUCCAGGGCUCAUGGACAGUUCUGGAACUUACUCACAGAGGUAAAGUACCCUAACAUGAGAAAAUGUGCUACCUCCUUGACUGCAUUAUUCGGCUCCACUUAUUAUGUGAGUCAGCCUUUUCUCACAUGAAGAGCAUUAAGAACAAGUACCGUUCCACCAUGACUGAUGAACAUUUGGAAGUGUGCUUGAGGCUGGCUGUCAGCAGUUACUGUCUUGACUAUACAUCCCUGGCUGAAUUAAUUCAGUGCAAGUCAUCAAAGUAAACUUGGGUAAUUACAAAUAAUGUUCAUAGUUAAUUAUGUUGUGUCGCACAAUAUUGGCUCAUACGGUUUUGCAAGGUACAUCAUUAUACAUUGUACAUAUAAAGAAUCCUCAAUAUAUUUGAAAAUAAAUAUAAUAAUAAUAAUAAUAAUAAUAAUACAUUUUAUUUAAAAGCGCCUCUCUGGACCCCCAAGGACACUGUACAGGCAUUAAGAACACAGUUAAAACACAGUUAAAAUAAAUAAAAACAAUAUACAGGUAUGGAAAUGGACAGUUAAAGGGAAUAUGCAAUUUGGAACAGAUGUGUUUUGAGUUUUGAUUUGAAGUGGGGUAGUGAGUCCGUGUUUCUGAAAUCCGGGGGGAGAGAGUUCCAGAGUUUGGGCGCAGAGCGACUGAAAGCCCUGCUCCCCAUGGUGCUGAGUCGGGCAGAGGGGACAGAAAGGUGGAGGGAGGAGGCGGAUCUGAGGGAGCGUGAGGGGGUGGCGAUGUGGAGGAUAUCGGAGAGGUAAGGGGGGGCAAGGUUAUGGAUGGCCUUGAUAGUGUACAGUAGGAUUUUAUAGUGGAUUCUGGACUGGAUAGGGAGCCAGUGAAGCUGCUGAAGGACAGGGGUGAUGUGGUGAAAGGAGGGGGUUCUGGUAAUGAUACGGGCUGCAGAGUUUUGGACAAGUUGAAGUUUAUGGAGGGAUUUGUGAGGGGCACCGAGGAGGAGUGAGAUGUAAUAAUCGAUACGGGAGGUGACAAGACUGUGGACUAGGAUAGCUGUGGUGUGAGGAGUGAGUGAUGGGCGGAGACGGUUGAUGUUUCGUAGAUGGAAGUAUGCAGACCGGGUGAUGUUAUUGAUGUAGGAGUGGAAAGAUAGUGAGCUAAUGGUAAGGGGGAAACUGUCAGUUUUGGAGAGAGUGGACUUAGUACCGACCAGGAGGAGUUCAGUUUUAUCGGGGUUGAGUUUGAGGAAGUUUGAUGUGAACCAGGAUUUAAUUUCUGAGAGGCAGUGGGUGAGGGAGGAGGGUGGGAGAGAGGCGUCGGGUUUACUGGAGAGGUAGAGCUGGGUGUCAUCCGCGAAGCAAUGAAAGUGGAUGCCAUAUUUGCGGAAGAUGCUGCCGAGGGGAAGGAGAUGGAUAAUGAAGAGGAGGGGCCCCAGGACAGAACCCUGGGGCACACCUGAAGUGACAGGGGAGGGCUGUGAGGUGAAUGAUUUGAGUUGGAUGAACUGAGUGCGGCCAGUGAGGUAUGAGUGAAACCAGAGAAGGGGGGUGUGAGAGAUGCCUAUGGAGGAGAGUCUAUGGAGGAGGAUGGGAUGAGAGAUGGUAUCGAAGGCCGCACUCAGAUCAAGGAGGAUGAGGAUGGAGAUUAAACCGGAGUCAGCUGCCAUGAGGAGGUCGUUGAUGAUCUUGAUGAGGGCUGUUUCAGUGCUAUGGAGGGGGCGGAAACCUGUUCGUAGAGGCUAUUGUGGGUGAGGUGGGUGUGGAGUUGAGAGGCAACUGUUUUUUCUAAAAUUUUGGAGAUGAAGGGGAGGUGGGAAAUGGGGCGGAGGUUAUUGAAGUCGUUGGGGUCUGAACCAGGUUUUUUUUCAGGGUAGGACUGAUGGCUGCAGUUUUGAAGGGGGUGGGAACAGUUCCAGUCGACAGUGAGGAGUGGAUGAUGACUGAGAUGAGGGGGAGUAGAGAGGGUAGACAGGAUUUGACCAGGGAAGUGGGAAGGGGGUCCAGUUGGCAGGAUGAAGGUUUGGAUUUGGUAAUGAGAUCAGCGAUUUCUGAGGGAUUAGGGAGUACAAAGGUGGAAAAAGGUUGGAAAGGAGGGGGAGGUUCAGAUGAGGGAAGUGGUGGGGAUGUGGAGCCCAGGUUCUGGUGGAUUUUAGUGAUUUUGUUAUUGAAGAAACUGAGGAGGGAGUCGCAAGUGUCUGAGGAAUACAUGUGGGGAGGAAAGCAGUCCGGGGGUUGAGUGAUAUGGUUGUAGACAGAGAAAAGAGACUUGGUUUUUCAAGCAUUGGAGCAGAUAAGUCCAGAAUAGUACUGUGAUUUUGCAUGGGAAAUGGAGUCCUUGUAGUGGGAUAGCUGAUUUAUCAAGAUGUCUUUGUGGAUGGUGAGGCCGGUUUUCCUGUGAAGUCUUUCUAGCUGUCGAUUUUUGGAUUUCAUGGAACGGAGAUGGGGGGUGAACCAAGUUGCGGACCGGGUAAAGGAGACAGAGCGGGAAAUAUAUGUUUUGCAUUUUUGUAGUGGGUAGAUCAUUUUGACUUGAUCAUUUUAUAAGUAGCUCGCAUGCUGAAAAAGUGUGGGCACCCCUGCAGAAGACCAUCACAUUUUAUUAAAUAGACUUAAGCACCUGGUCGGCCUUUCAGGAACUGUCUUGAACUGGUUCACUUCCUAUCUCACUGAUCGACACUUCUUAGUAAGUAUGGAUACAUGUUCCUCACAAACCCAUGAAAUUAUGUGUGGGGUUCCCCAGGGGUCAAUUUUAGGUCCAACUCUUUUUAAUCUUUACAUGCUUCCCCUGGGGGACAUCAUCAGGAGGCACGGCAUCAACUUCCACAGCUAUGCUGAUGAUACGCAACUGUACAUGGCCGUGUCUCCUGAUGAUAGCGGGCCAAUUGAUGCCCUUUUAAAUAGCAUUUAAGACAUCAAGUCCUAAAUGGCAGCCAACUUCCUGCAGCUCAACCAGGACAAAACAGAGGUUUUAGUUAUUGGUCCUAAAGGCCUGAGGGAGACACUUUCACCAAAACUACAAGAUUUUAAAGUAUCAACAUCUGUAAAAAACCUGGGUGUAAUUUUCGACUCUGAGCUCAGUUUUAUUCCACACAUCAAAAACAUAGCAAAGGUAGGUUUUUACCACCUUAGGAAUAUAGCCAGAGUCCGCCCGUUUCUCUCUCAGGCCAGCACGGAGGUGCUGAUGCAUGCUUUUAUCUCCUCACGUUUAGAUUAUUGUAACGCCCUGCUCUCUGGCCUCCCAAAGAAGAACUUACAUACACUUCAGUUAUUACAGAAUUCAGCUGCAAGAGUGCUGACGAGGGUCAGAGGGCGGGAGCAUAUAACGCCAGUUUUAGCAUUGCUGCAUUGGCUCCCCGUCCGUUUCAGGAUUGAUUUUAAGGUUCUUUUAUUAGUUUUUAGAUGUAUUAAUGGUCUUGGCCCCUCCUUUUUAUCUGAUUUACUUUUACCAUAUCAACCCUCGCGGACCCUAAGGUCUUCCGGCACAGGCCUUUUAACCUUACACAAAGUCAAAACAAAAACAUGGGGAGGCGGCGUUCAGUUUUUAUGGUCCCCAGUUGUGGAACAGCCUGCAGGAGAGCCUCAGGGCCACAGAGACUGUUGAUAUUUUUAAGAAGAGGCUCAAGACUCACUUUUUUAACCAGGCUUUUUACUAAUUGCCAUUUUAGACUUCUUUUACUGCAAAUGUUCAUUUUAAUCAAAGUUCUUAAUGUUUAUUUUAUGUCAUUAUAUUCGUUAUCUCUGUUCUUAGCCUUUUUUAAUUUCCCUUCACAGGUUUUUACUUCUUUUACCCCUUUUAUUUAUUUGUUCAUUUAAUAUUAUUAUUUUCUUAUUUUAAGUCCAUCAGGUUUUACUCUUUUCACCAUUUUUAUCUUUAUUUUUAUCUCCAGUGUUUCCUAAAGGUAGCUCGUUCCUCAUGUAAUGUCUUGGUCACAGACCAUGUCUCUUUAAAAUUUUAUCUUAAAUUCUCACACUGUGUGCAGUUGUGUGUAUGUGUGUAUGUGAGGUUGGGUGUGUGUCUCUGUGUGCGUGUGGGUCCAUGGGUGUUUGGGUGGGUGGAAGGGUUGGGUUUUUGUCUUUAUUGUUGUUUUUAGCCUCUGUGAGGCACUUUCAAUUGCAUCUCCUUCUGUAUGAAAAGUGCCAUAUGAAUAAAGUUGAAUUGAAUUGAAUUGAAAUAUCAUUGUGUCAAAUUCCAUUUAGGUUUUCAUAAACAUCACUACACAGAAACAGCCCUGCUCAGAGUGUCUAAUAACAUUCUGGUCCUGCUGGACCUGAGUGCAGCUUUUGAUACAGUUGAUCAUGCCAUUAUUCCUGACAGGCUCAGAGACUGGAAAGGCCCUGCAGUGGUUCUCCUCCUACCUCAGUGAGAGAUGCUUUUCUAUAACAGUUGGUCCUUUCAGAUCUGAUCCUGCUCCUCUUCACUAUGGGGUACCACAGGGUUCAGUGCUGGCCCCAACCUUGUUUGCUAUCAACAUGCUCCCACUAGGUCAUCUCAUUAGCAGCUUACCAGGUGUCUCCUAUCAAUGCAGAUGACAUCCAGCUUCAUUUCUCUUUAAGUCCUGAGCACAUGCAGAACCUCAGCAUCCUCCUGGAAUGUCUGGCUGCCAUUGAGGGCUGGAUGUCCAGGAAACUCCUGCAACUCAAUGCAGCUAAGACUGAAGUGUUGAUCUUUGUUCCUGACAGUGUAGCAGCCAGGGUUCAGGAACAUCUGGGCCCUCUGACGAACAGCGUCCCCAGUGUUAGGAACCGUGGUGUGCACUUUGACCAGUCAAUGCAUCUUGACCAACAUGUGAAGGCUCUUUGUCACAACAGUCCACCUGAGGAACAUUCUCAGGUGGAGCUCUGGUCGUUUGUUUCACACAGGGAGCUGGAGAUGGCUGUUCAUGCAUUUGUCUCUUCCAGGAUUGACUACUGCAGCUCUCUCUACUUAUGUCUAACCAGUCUUCUCUACACCGUCUGCAUCUGGUUCAGAAUGCAGCAGCCAGACUGCUCAAUGACUGCCCUCAAUGGCCCCCAGCUACAUUUGUGACCUCCUCCAUAACCACAUCCCCAGCCAGUCCCUUAGAUACUCUUACCAGGGGCUCCAGGCAGUGCCACGGGCGUGGUUAAGGACUGAGGGUGGGUGGGCAUGUCCACUGAGGCUAUGUCUGUAGACAGCUUUAGCGGGCAGCUUAAGACGCACUGGUUUAGACAAGCUUUUGUGCCCUAGGCCUUUGGCUUACAUGACACAUGACUAACUAAUGUAUCUCUUCUCAAAUUUUCUUUAGGCGCUGUGAAACUCCUGACUAUUUAUUUAUUCACCUAUUUAGUCUUGCAGGUUCUGCUUUUACAUUUUGUCUGCAUUUUUAUCAUUGACAUGUUAAUUUAUACUUUGAAAUUGUUGAGAAGCACUCUGUGCACUCAUGCUGUAAAGAGUGCUAUAUAAAUGAUUAAGUUAUUUUAUCAAUCACGCAGGGACGAGGAAGGUUAAGAAUAAAUAUCUGGUAUACUAUCAAGCUCAAUCAUAUAAAAUAAUGAUACACUGACUGUACAUUAUUUUACAGUUUGGUAGCACAUAAAAGUACAUUGCCAUGGUUGAAAUGGGAAUUAAAAGAUUAAAAAAAAACAUGGCCUUGACAAGAAAAAGUCCAUUCAUUUUAUCACUAUGAUAUUUUGAAGGGCCUUGGGCGAAACAUGUGCCAGGUGAAGCAGCUCAAGCAAGGGCUGAAGGAUUUUCCUAUUUGGCCACUUCUGGAAAGCCAUCCAGAUGUGGUGACAUCAUUGUUUCCCCGUCAAUCAGCAGCUGUGUGCAGUGUUGAGGUAUUCAGGAAAAUUGAACACAAUAUCACUUGAGUGAUUGUGUUUUUGCUACGUGGUGUACUACAAGUUACAUUUGCAAUAGAGGUAUGAAAUUUAUGUUUAGUUGCUAUACAUAUACAUUGGCUAUGGAAAGUAUUCCGACCCUCUAAAUUUCUUUUGUAUUUCUUAUGGUGAAGGGUCUGAGUGCUCUCUGUACCCACUGUGUUUAUCUCCAACAGGUUCUGCUGCAGAAAAUAGUUUGGCCUGAAGAAAAACACUCUGAACAAGAGGACGAUGGGGUCUCCGUUGAGGACAAGUGUCGAGUCACAGGAUACUUGUGCCAGUUUAUUUCAACAGGUGAAUCAUACUAAUAUUCUGUUCCUAGGAAUAACCUUUCUGUUUUUUUUUUUUUUACACACUUCUUGUUCUGUUAUCUAUGAUCUAGUAUAUUUGGCUAAUCAGGCAUGCUGUUAUGCUGAAGUCAAAGUACUAGUACACAGAAAAUUAUUUUCAAAAAAUUAAUUUGACUCUUUACCUUUAGCUUCCCAAGAUGAGCUGAAGCAGCCAGUCAAGUUCUGGGUAGGAUGGGAGAUACCCGUGCCUGACAUGAGAGUGGAAGUGGUUCAAGGAGAACAUCCAACAUCAUUAACAUGCUUCCACACUCUUCGUUUGCCUGGCAGUUACUGCAACUAUAACUUGUUUUGUUCCCACCUUAAAGCCUGCAUUGCUCCAUCCGACACUGGUUUUGGACAGCUGUAA